CGCAAUGGAGAGCUUGCCCUUGAUCCCCGGGUACGCGUUCCACGACCCCACGGUAAGUCCUCGCCCGUGCACGCGAAUCGGAACCGCCACUUGUAUUCUCCUCGCUCUCCGGCCAAGGUGCAAGACCACAAGCUGAAGCAGAAAUUCGACUUCCUGAAUGGUUUCCGAGUGGUGCGGGACGACGACGUCGGGAGACCCGCGGACCAAGAGGACCUCUUGGAGUAGGUUUCGUACGACCCGUCGCUGACCUACGGACGCGUCCAGGAGGAGGCGUACCCGCAGUUCGUUCCUCGGUACGCCCUGUUCGCGCAAAAGUGCCUCAGCUUCCGAGGGUUCUUCCGGGAGGGCGUCUUCGACUCCCCCAACGAGCACUUCCGGAUUCGCCACGUGAACAUCGUCUACUUCCUGGAGGACGACACGAUGACGGUGACGGAGCCCAGGGUGGAGAACGCGGGGCUCGUGCAGGGGAGACUGGUAAGGCGAGGGAGGAUCCCGAAGAACGCCCGCGGGGACGCGUACCACUGGAAGGACCUCAACGUCGGCAUCGACCUAGUUAUAUACGGAGUGGGGUACCACACGGUGGAUUGUGACCCGUUCACCGCGGAAUUCCUGCGUAGCCAAGGAAUAGACCCGAACGACAAGGAGGAGCCUCCACCCGAUCCCUACAUCCAGCUGCGAGAAGGCAAGGCGAAAGCUCCCUCUCGGUCGACCCCGGUGCCCGACGACUCCAGGCGUCGUUUCCUCGAGUUCGACGGAGCGGUGCUGUCCUUCACCGCGUUCUGGAACGACGAUCUCUACCGGGUCAUGUACUUCCUGACCGACGACACGAUCGCGGUCCGCGAGAUCCGCAGGCCGAACGACGGGAAGGACCCGGUGGCCCUGCUCCUGAAGAGAACGAAGCUUCCGAAGAACUGGAAGGACCUGCCCUCCUCCUAUCCGUCGGGGUACAUGGAACGCGGAGACGAGGAGGUCGUCGAGUACUACACGCCGAAGGACUUGAGGGUGAGUCGAUGGCUCGGUCGCCAGGUCGAAGUCUCCGUUCGAACCUUUCCCUUCUUUCAGGUCGGCGAGACGAUCUUCGUGUACGGCAGGAGGUUCCUCCUCUGCGACUGCGACCCGUUCACCAGGAGGUACUACUCGAGCGCGUUGGGCAUGGAUCAGCCGGCAAGGAUCGACCCUCCCGUCGAGGAGCCGCGACCUCCAGUGAAAUUCGUCCCGCCGCCGCACCAGGGGAUCGGUUCCCCGGAAGAUACCCUGGCGACCUGCCUCUCCUUCGUCCCCAAGCGACCGAGGAAGGACGCGAUCCGUCAGCUCUUUAAUUUCCCGAAAAAGCUGCGCUACUCCAUGAGGAUGGAGGCGGUGCAUCCGGAGGACGAGGGUCGGGACUUCGUUCUGGAGUACAAUCUGAGCGACGGAGGCAUCGUCAUCAACGAGGUGGAGAAGCGAAACUCGGGUCGCCGGGGAGGGUGCUUCCUGUCCAUCGGGGCGAUCCCGAAGCCCGACGCCGACCGGGACAACCCGGAGUUCUACACCCCGGAGGACUUUUUCAUCGGAGCGAGGAUCAACGUCUACAACACUAGCUUCGUCAUCACCGGAGCCGACCUCUUCGUGUACCGAUACAUGGAAGCGAAUCCCGAGAAAUUCUGUCGAGAGCUCCGGGACAACGUGCGGGACUACUUAAUGGGGCAGGGCCUUCUAAGGGACGACGUCGACGCUCAGCUGGGUGUUCGAGCCUUGGAACGGAAAGGAGCCGAAUCGCGAAUCGAGGAACCCGCGCCCUCUUCCACCCCGCGCAUUUCGGCCGGAGGCGGGGCGGCUCUUCCCCCGUCCGGAAGGAAGGAAUUGAAAUGGGCCGAUCAGGUAAUUCGGGAAACUCGGCGAGGUUCGUUGGAAGCUCUGGACGACACUAUCCCCCCGAAGGUCUCUCGCAGUCCCGAAUUAGGUCGGGUUAGGUUUAAUUCCAUUCCAAAACAACCCCUCCGCGAGAAAGGGAAUGUCCCGCCUCGUUCUUUCGAGAAUCGCGACCGGAGAUUCGAAGCGCCGUAUCAAUUUCCAUAACACGUUUAUUUUCAAGGAUCUAAAACACCUAGGAGGGAGCCAGGCCGUUCAGAAAUCAAACUCGCGUAACUCGUGUUACAGGUUAGCCAGUAGAUGCGCGAGAACGCAAGGGAACCGCCGAAAGGAAAAUUCCCGCAGCCUCCGUCGUCCCGAUCCGGAAGGCAACCUGGGGCGAACUCUGGAGUCCAUGCAAACGGGGUACAUGAAAUAAAACCAGGGCACGGUUACUCUAAAUACCGAAAGUGACUCGUCCUUCUGGACCGUCCACGUGGCCUUUUCUACGUCCUGUUUACGCUCCUACGAGCAUAUGUGUACGUGUAUACAUAUAUAUCGAUUUCACGUAACC